AUGGCUUUCCAAGUCAAAUUCUUCGUCGCCUUGUGCUUCAUUCUCAUCAACGUUUUGGUUAAUGUCCAAGGCUACGAAUUUACAAUUGGUCCUCAUGCUGAUGUUGAUAUCACAAAGUUUGAGGCCACACUCACUGUCCCUCCAUUCUCUAAAGUCGGCAUACACAAAAUCGGAGCAGGUUGCACCAAUCAAACUCACAGUUAUGCUCAUGAGAAUCGUCUCAGCGAUCAUAACCCCGGUAAAUGGGAAGUGGAUAUGAUGCAUGGCAAUGGUGGUAUUGCCACAGACAACAACAUUUUGCCAGGCGAUAAGAUUUACAAUACUUUUGAGUACAACACUGGAACUCAUGCUACUAUCAACAAUGUCACUAUCGUACCUGGUUCCCAAAGCAUCAACGCCGGUCAGAAGACAAGAACAAAGAUUGACGUAGUAAAUAUUCCACAAGAGGUUCCCACUGCUGGAAAGUUGAACGUUGUCAGACUUUACUUCCGUCCAAGUGCUGGCGCUGUUUGGGAUGUUGGACCAAUUGUCUGGGAGAAUGUUAUCAUCACUUCUCGAACAACUGACUCUUCGUGGUGCAGUGACAGUUGGAAAAUCAGUGAUGAUCUUAGUAUUGCAGGUGGUAACAAGUUUUGGGGAGAAGGGGACCAAACAAUGUGCCAGUAUGAUCGUAUGACAUGGGAACCUAAGAAAGGUAAUUGA